CAAAACUGUUCCUAACCUCCAAUAGUUGUUUAUGUGGUGCUGAGCGCACGUGGGUUUUUUGAAUGAGAAUUUCGGAGGCCGAGGAAAGAUGGGUUCAGAAGGUUCGGGUUCUGGUGUUGAGUGCUUUUGGGGAAAUUUGAAGGAUCAUCCUCAGUGUGUCCAUGGUCCAACAUUAUUGUUCGGAAGGCGAGUAAAUGGGGAAAUAAAGCAGUACUACGCCUGUUCAGCCUGCAGGGACCGCAAACUCUGCAGCUUUUACCUAGAAAAAACCGACAAACUAACUAAAAUCCAGAAGAAUGGGUGGCGAGAAGAAUCGAAAAAGUUCAUUCAGCAGUACAAUCACAGGAAAUAUUUCUUAAGACUGAAUGAAAUAAUGUCUGAACGCCCGGAGAACAGGUGCUAUUGUCACACCUGUGGCAGACUGUUCUUCCUCAACGAGAUCACGAAACACAAGGAUCACGACUUGAUAACUGGAGUUACCGACGAUCAGUUAAAGAAUCCCACGAAAAUCCUGAAAGCCCUGUCUGACCCGAAGAAAGAGGCCCAGUACAUGUUCUCGGAGAAAGCGACAGCUGACGUCGUUGAUUUAUUGAUAGGGGCUGGAGCGAAACAUGUCUUGUGCAUCGGUGCCCCUCGAAUACAUGAAUACAUUACCCAGAAUCACGAGGAGAUGACAAGUCUUUUACUCGAUUUCGAUGGCAGAUAUCACAAUUUUUUUGGACCCCUGAGCUUCUGCUGGUACAAUCUUUUCAACCACCACUUCUUCACCGAAGAAUCCCACCAAGUAUUUAAGGAUUUUCUCACCCAAGACAAUGGAAAGAAUAUGUUUCUGGUCUGUGACCCCCCAUUCGGUGGUCGAGUGGAGUUCAUGUCCCAGACGAUAAAGUCAAUAACAGAUUCUCACAGGACUUUCAAUAAACUCGAUAAUGACGAGAUACUGAAGAUAUUUUUCAUAUUUCCAUAUUUCAUGGAAUCCAUAAUGCAGAAUAAAUCAAAUCCUCGGGGACUCGAUGGUGGCCUCAAAGAUCUGAAGAUGUCGGACUACAAAGUUGAUUAUGAAAAUCACCCUCUCUUCGUGACAGGCUCGAGUGGUAGAAAGUACGGCUCCCCAGUGCGUAUAUUCACAAAUGUAUCGUUAAAUUUAUUGAAAUUACCGGAGGACGGGUACAAGUGGUGCAAGCGAUGUAAUAAGUGGGUGGCGAGAGAGAAUAAACACUGUAAAUUAUGUAAAUCGUGUACAUCGAAGGAUGGAAGACGUUACAGACAUUGUAAAAUUUGUAACAGAUGUGUUAAACCCACUUGGAAGCACUGUGAUAAAUGUGAACGAUGCGUUCUCGAGAAGCAUGUCUGUGGAAUCAAACCGAAAAUUACCGGCGAGUGCUUUAAAUGUCGUGGAACAGAUCACAUUGCAAAGGACUGCCCUAACGAUGAGUCUUCCAAAAAACGUAAGGGCGAAGGAAACCCCUCGAUGGAGAAGAGGAAAAAAAUAAAGAUCGCGGCAGAUAUUUCAGAAGUGAAGAGCAACAAGCAGAAGAAAAUUAAAUCUAAAAAUUCCGAGGAAAAAACUGGGAAUGGAGAUUUACGAGGGAAAAAAUUGAAGAAACGACGAUUGAAAAAUCUGAAGUGAA